CGUGUGGGUGGAGGUAGGCUAACGAACAUGGAGGCUCAGUAGUCGCCUGGUGUUCGCAGGAGACGGAGCAUCUGUGAUCCGCGUUUCUCUCUCUCUGUGUGUGUGUGUGUGUUUGUGUUCGUGUGACCUGGUUCAACAUGGAGAUGAAGAAGAGAAUCAGCCUGGAGCUGAGGAACCGGAACCCGGCGGAGGUGGCAGAGCUGGUGGUGGACAACUGUCGCUCCAGUGAUGGGGACGUGGAGGGACUGACGGACGAGUACACAGAGCUGGACGUCCUCAGUAUGGUCAACGUUGGACUGACGUCUCUGUCCACACUGCCCCCUCUGCCCAAACUACGCAAGCUGGAGGUCAGUGACAACACCAUCUCAGGAGGUUUGGACACGUUGGCAGACAAAUGUCCAAAUCUGUCUCACCUGAAUCUGAGUGGGAACAAGAUCAAAGAGCUGAGCAGCGUGAAGCCACUGCAGAGCCUGAAGAACCUGAGGAGUCUGGACCUGUACAGCUGUGAAGUGUCCACACUGGACGACUACAGAGACAGCGUCUUCGAGAUGCUGCCUCAGCUCACUUACCUGGACGGUUUUGACCAGGAGGACAACGAGGUCCCCGACUCUGAGGCCGAGAACGACGUUGACGAUGAGGCGGGGCCACUGGGAGACGAUGACGAUGAUGAGGAGGACGAUGAAGACGACGAGGACGGGGACGAAGGCUCAGACGAAGAAGAAGUGGGACUGUCCUACCUGAUGAAGGAAGGAAUCCAGGAUGAAGACGACGAUGGAGACUACGUGGAGGAGGACGAUGAAGAGGAUGAAGAUGGAGGUGAGUUUAUGUCACAUGAUCUGUGACAUCAGCACUUUUUU